UAAUAAACUAGCGCUCACGGUGACCUUUUAAUAAGUAAAUGGCUGAGAGAGGCACACGUUUGGAACAGAAUAAGAAAUUGGAUUUGCGUGUAGGCGCUGUGGCUGCUGGUGAAGGGGCCCUUUAUCGGCUGUGCCUACACGUGUAAUGCGGCACACGGCACGGGGCGCAGACCGGGUAUCACCCCGUCGGCUCCGGGGAGCGGCGCAGUGUCGCUUUCUCAACCCGGGAGCCGCAGCCGGGUCGCGGUGACAGGUGCGGCAGCCCCCGGCCGCGGGCAGCAGUAACACGCGGGGCGAGCAUAAAAGUCAUGGGGCGGCAGGUUGGAGGCAGGCAGCAUGAAGGCCAACGAAGGGGCGGAGGGCGCCGGGCAGCACCGGGCGAGAGACGGCGGCGGAGCAGCGGGGCGACCCCCGGCCGGUAACUGCGGGAGGCGACGGAGGCGGAGGGAGGGCGGCGGCAGGCAGCGGGCGGCGGCCAACGCUAGAGAGCGGGACCGGACCCACAGCGUCAACACCGCCUUCACGGCCCUGCGGACCCUCAUCCCCACCGAACCCGUGGAUCGGAAGCUGUCCAAGAUCGAAACGCUGCGCCUGGCCUCCAGCUACAUCUCGCACCUGGCCAACGUGCUGCGCCUGCAGAGCCCCGCCGCCCCGCAGCCCUGCCCGCAGCGCCCCAUCUGCACCUUCUGUCUCAGCGAGCAGCGCAAGAGGCACCGAAAACCCGAGGGGUCGCUGGCGGUGUGAGCUGCGGGACGAGAAGCUCGCGGAGGAGGGAAGCAAACUUGUAUACGGCCCUGCAACAGUUACUUCUUCAGCCCUCGUGCUCCGGUUUGCGCUGCACGCAAUGAAACCGAACCCUGCGGACACGCUUGCACCUGGCACGGCUGCUAUUUUAGCACAAGAAACGUUAAACCUGAGCAUCCCGGACUCCAUGCCUCCCCAACCUGUGUCACAUGGUGGAACCCGACCCGCCCCACUCACCGCCGGCAGGGGCUGACACGAGGCCGCCCACUCCUCUUCUGCCUGACCCCAUCAGCAGCCCCAGGGAAGGUUGCUUUGGGGUAUGGGAAGCUCCCACUGCCAGCACUUCGUGUCCCAGCCCGGCAGCACGUGAUGCUUUUUCCCUUCUUAACAGAGCAGCUCGCCCCAGCCCUCCAAACAGCAGCAGGUGUUUCUAUGGCCGGUAGCAACUGUGCAGUAAAGGGGGGCUCCCAAGGGCUCUCUAAAAUUACCCGUCACCCAGGCCGUUCCUAUGUUAUGCCCAUUCAACACUGAUGUCACCUGUCUCCCUGCCAGUUAUUAACUUAUAUACUGUGUGCUUGCUUUUUAACCAGACUAAAAAGCAGACGUGCAUGGGAUGGUUUUUGUCCUUGAAUAAAGUGACAAACUAGACAUAUAAGGCCCACUAGUGGUGGAUUUAAAAUAUAGCUGCUGUCUUUUACAUAGUUAUAUAAGCAAUCAUAGAAUCCUUAGAGUUGAAAAGGACCUCUGAAAGCCAUCUAAUCCAACUACUUACUAUGAACAGGGACACCACAGCUAGAGCAGGUUGCCCAAGGCCUUAUAUAUUUAGUUAGCCCUUUAUUAUCCUUUUUACUUUAUGAAGUACUUUCUGUUCUUUAUAAGCCUUCUAACUGCACCACUGAGAAGCGCUCCAAAAACAACUGCCCUUUUCGCCUCCCCAGUGCCAGCUGUUCAGUUCUUCCCCCACAGCCAAAUUAGAGGGCUGAAAGAGUAAGCACUCAUCACUCACUUUCUCUGCCACCCCACACUGGUGAGGCUGCACCUCAAUUACUGUGGUCAGCUUUGGGCCCCCUCGCUACAAGGAAGACAUUGAGGCCCUACAGCACAACCAGAUAAGGGCAACAGAGCUGUGAAGGGUGCAAAGCAGAGACCUAUGGGGAGCAGCUGAAGGAGCUGGGGUUGUUCAGUCUGGAGGAGGCUCGGGAGAUUCAAAGCACAAAGCCAGUUCUGGCAUAUAUGACAAAGAACUAUUAUCAUUAGCAAGAGCAAUAUCUUGGUGUAUUGCUUGUACAACAGUACAGUUUUGGCUUCCUUUCUCACCUCCCCAGCACACACUAACUGCCUUAUUUUCACACUUGGAAAACACAAACAUGAUACCUAGAAAACCUGCACUACAUUUCCUGCUUAAAAUCCAAGAUGAGAAAAAUACUGAAGCCAAGUCACAGCGACCCACACCCUCCUCACUCACCAAAAGCCACAUGCCGUAUAUUUUGCUAGAUUGAGAAGAGCUCAUUGGCUUCAUAAGUUUUCCAUCCUUUUCUUUCAAAUUGCUGCCAGGUUGUAAUCUUUGUUUUGCUUUGGCAUUGAUUGUACCUUCCUACUUAUACAGUGCUUCCUCAUUUUUGGCAUUGUGUCAGUGUAUGCAUGCAGGUAUAGAUUUCUAUAAACACAUCUUCCAAACGUGACUUUCCUUCUGUAGGUUUGAAAAACUUUGUCUGUUAAAAGCUUCCUUACUUUAUAAUUGAACCUGAUCGUAAAGCAAGUUCCACAUCCAUUAAACCAAAGCAUCUGAGCUGCUUUACAGCCAAUGCUAUUCAUUUAGUUGUAUAAUUCAAUGUAAUACACUGAAAUGAAAGAAGUAAUGCAAUUUCAAACAAUUCUGGGUAAAUUCUGUAUUGAUUAUGCUCCGAGUUUCGCAGUGUUGUGAUGUCACUGCUGUUAGAGAAGUGGCUCUUAGCCUAUUAAAAUACAUUGCAUUUGCCAUCUCUGGAGCUAUUGAAGUGAGCAUAAGGAAAGUGAGGCUCACCUUUUCACUGUAGUAUUAGCUGUGAGCUCACUGCUUGAAAUUUUUGAAUCAUUUGCACAAUUCCACAGGAACUGGACUUUUUCCACUGUAAAUGAGAAUUCAUCUCUCUAGUUUUACAUGGAACUUAUACAGAAUAUUUUUUCAAUAGCAAAAGCAGGAGCAGGCUGGUGGAAUUUGGCUUUAUCUCCUGCUUAGAGCAGCUCUGUACAGCUUUAAAUUCUUUUCUCUCUCUACUCAGGAUGAACAGUUGAGUUCAAAUGAGCUUGAAGAUCUCAGUAUUGUGCUCAGGGUUUCAAUUACUAAAUAACAUUGGAAUUUCAGUAACGCUGAUUGAGUGUGGCAGAAAUUGGGUCCAUGAGCACUGUGGCCCAAAUAUUCAUGGUAUAGACAGAUAAUACUUAUUCAAAACAAUAAUUCUAAUUUCUAUGAUUCUAAUUUCUCUGAGGAACAGACUUUAAGCCCACACAUAUACAGAUUGAGCACUAUGUAUUUGUACAUAAAUAGGGACAGAUCCUCACCUUUGCUGAAAUUUAUUUAUAAUUUAAAACUUCUCUGCCCCCAGGAGCUAGAAGCAGUAGAGAAGUAAGCUGUUACACAACAUAAAUCCUAUAUGUCCCUAAUAAACCCAGGGAAAGUGUUUAAUUUCUAGAGACAGAUGAACUGAGUUCUCAGAGUUCACCUCUGAAGAGUGUAAGCACUAGGUCACUCAUCAUUGAUUUGUGUGUUUUUAUUGUAUGAAUUCAUAUAUCCUAGCUAUUAUUGUAAUCAUUUGGUAGAGAAGCAUCGUUCAUAGCAUGCACAAACAUGCAUUUAUGAGGCAAAGUUGUGAAACUCAGGAGUUUUAACAGCAAGUACUUUACUGGAUGUUCAGGCACUGGAAUGACAGGAGCUUCUCCAGACCUGCUGAGCAUCCUCUUGUUUUACCCAAGAGAUUGGUUCUCCCAUCUGUUUGUAGGUACAUUGUUAGAACAGAAACAUGCCUAAUGCCACUUCUGUCUCUGUUUUCUCAUAUACACUUGGCCAUUCAGAUUACAUGCUACGUGGGUGAAGUAAAAAUGCUAAGAUAUACACCAUUUGAUCUGAGAUCCUUUAAAGUGAUUUAAAAUAUUCCAAGUAUAGUACUUUGCAUAAGUCAUCGUACUUAGUCUGCUGUGUUACAGUACAAGAAGAGCAUCAAGCAAAAUGGAUAAAGCACACAUGAUUGUACUGGUUAAGUUUAAAUAACUACUUGAACAUAGUACUUGGUUAUCUAUGGAUUAAUCUUAACAAAAGGCAAUAUGUUUUACUGUUUGCUACCAUUUUCAGUUCUAUACUUCAAAACAGAAUUUUCCUUUCUAGUAACUUCUUGAGAAGUUUGCUUCUUUAAAAUUACCUAUUUGUGUGUGCAAAAUGUGCUCAAAUUUGCUGAAAUAAAUGGUAUUUUUCUUACUAAUUUAGCUAAAUAUGACUAUUACAGUGAUAGUUCUCUUCUACACCCAUCUCAGUAAGGCUUUGAGUAUUAUCUUUGUUUUUCAGAUUCAUCCCAAUGAUAAUUUUAGCAACAUACAGAUGUAACAGCAAAACUUCUUACAGGCCCAGCAGAAUUUUAACCCACUAACCAUGGACCAAUUGUGAUUUGGAGACAGCAUUCCUGCCCUGUAACAUUUCCCAAUACUUAGCACUGAGAGUCCAUGCUGUCACCGAGCUACCCAACAAACACACAGCCACUUUUCCUACCUGUAUCCACUCUCCCUACCAGAGUUCUGCACAUUCCGCUUUGGGUUUCUAACAUAGCCUUAAAGUUACAUCCUAGAUGCUUUAACUAAACUGUAGGGAUUGGUUUGCAAGCUAAAGUUCUUUAUCUCUACCCUUGGCAUGCAUUUGCAGUGGAGAAGGAAAGUAUGUCAACAGCAUAGAAAAAGGAACAAGCCCAGGGACUGCACAACAUCUUAAAUGCCAAAUACAAGGGGAGUUUCUUGAGGGAGAGGAAAAAAGGUGAAGUACUACAGACAGGAUAGAAAGAGGUAACAGGGAGAGGUCAAUUCACCCAUGAAAAUUCACUAGUUUCCAGUACGAGGCCAAGCAACAGUCAGUAUUUAAGCUAGAGUCCAUAGCAAGCAGUUGGGGUGCACCAAGUGCUAUGCUUCCCUGUUAGCACUUUUCUUGGGAUGUUGCAUGCUUGUGUGCUUGCUAAGGAAGCAAUAGGAUGCCAUUGCAAACAGCAAACCUCCCCAGUCAAAUGACCGCCUUAACAGUGCUGAAUUUACCCUUUGAAUAAAGAACUUAUCAAAGCAAUUCCCACAAAUAACGCCACCAACAUGUGGCCAUUUCUGAUAGCAAAUAGCAAUAAUAAACCUUUAAUCAUCACACUUGA